AUGGAGCUGAAUGACUUAUCAGAAAGCCAACAGGAGCUGCUUCACCCGCUAAUUAGACUAAAAACGGACGUCUCUCUAGAUUCCCUGGUUGUUUUGAGGGACGUAUUCAGCGACUUGGCGGAAGCAUAUGACACAUUCGCAACUUCGAUCAAAGAUGCGGAGCAGAAGCUGUUAACGUGCUACAACCUGGCAUCGUCAGGAAGUUUAACGCCGCAGGCGUGCGAAGCGCUGCUGAUGGUGAGAGGAAACAUGGCAAACGUGUCGAACGUAGUGCUCUCAGCGACGGCGGAGCAGGCCGGAGUGCUGAGCGUGAUGCAGGGAAUGGUGAGUUUUCUGAACAGAGUGAAGGAGGAGUCGAGUCAGCUGUCAAACAGACUGGAAAAGGAAGUGGUGAUCCCGUUCUCGGCGUUUUCAACCGAGUACCUGAAGACGUUCGGAAAGGACGAAAAGAGAGCGUUCAGACAGGACAUAUCAGGAUUCAUCCCGAAGCUGAAGGAGUUCAAGAAGUCGCCGAAUUACUCGCACAGCCAGAUAAAAAAAUACGUCGACGGAGUGCUGAAGGCGCACAAGGAGCUGCAGGAGUGCACGGCUACCGAGGAGGAGCUGGCGCACCACGGGUCGCACGACCCGAAGCAGAUAUCUAAGGCAAAAAGUAGAACUGCGAGAGCGAAGCUGGCGCUGGGAAAUCAAAUAAGAGACCUGUUCGCAGCGGCGCCGGAGUUGAACGAAAUAGGAAGCCUGAAAAACUCGGACGUGGACACGCUCUCGCAGCUGAGUAAGCUGUCGAAGAAGCAGGCGGAGUCGCAGAACAAAGAUCAGCAGAAGGGAGAAGGAGCUAACUUCGCAGGAAACGCAGCGGAGUACCAGACGAAGUUCUGCGACCUGGAGAAGAAGAGACUGGACCUCAUCUCGAGUUGCUUCCAGCACUGGAUGGACAACCACGCGAAGUACGAAAAGGGAGUGUACUCGGAGUUGGAAAAGCUGUGGAAGGACGUGGCAAAGUUCUACCCGAACGGAGACUACCAGAAGUUCGAGGCGCACCUGACGGGAAAGAGCGUGCAGGUGGAGGCGAAGCACUCGAGAAUGUUUAUGCCGCGAGAGCCGGGACCGAUUGACGACUACACGACCUUGACACUAAACACGUUUUCAAACCCAUCAACACCAAUGGAGGUAUCAGAAAACGAAGGAUACGACAUGGAAAGAUACGACCUGUAUAAGGGAAAUAAAGGAGGAAAGGUUGAUGUAGUGAGCAAUAAGCAAAGAACAUCAGAAGCUUUGAACGUGAACUCACAGGUAGGAAGCGUGCCAGGGCGGAAUACAAUAGACAACCUAACAGUAGUGCAAAUGAUGAAGGGGCACGCCACGACUCCACCUUCAAAUAAAAAGGACGCGAAUAGAGACCACAGACCAGGAAAAAAACAUGGAAACCAACAACAGUCAUCGUCGACGAAUGUUAAAUCACCGACAGCCGUGAAUGAGGCACCUGAGUGGGCCCUGAAGAGGAGAAGUCAACAAGAUAAAGAAGGCAGGGUUCAGCAUGAACAUGAAAAGGUUGAAACGGUUGAAAAGAGUCAGGAACAAAAAAUUGAGGUAAAAUUAGAGGAUAAAUCCACAAAAAGUGGACGGGAAAGAAGGAGUAGUGUUGGUGAGAAGGUAGCAGAAGUUGGUCAAAGCAGCCAGGAGAACAAAGGGGCGAAGCUGGUGAACCAGGACGCAUACAGUCAGCUGGUGCAAAAAACGGAAAGACUGUCAACAAAGUUGGGAGAGGUGAAGGUGGCAGUUCCGGGAGAAGCAAUGUUCAUACUGGAGUCGACGAGAAGGAGACUGGACAACCACAUGCUUAACCUGUUCAACAGGUGUAGAACAAAAAACACAAGGUCGAGGUUCGACUGGCUGGCAGACGAGAUAGAGGACAUAGUUAAGAUAUUCGAGGACUACGACACGUACCCCUUCACAAUCGACUACGAAAACCUGGCACAUUUCAAGAGGCCCUCAGACAUUAACGUGCCAAUGCUGAGGUACGCGCUGUUCGACAAGUACAUGGACGAAGGUCAGUGGGACCUGCUGAGUCUGGAGGCGCUGAUGCUGACACACAGGCACAUCUCGAGCUUCGUCAACCACCCGGAGCUGGCGAAGGACGAGGGGGACCUGCGAGACUACCUGCUGGCGAACCUGGGUGUGCUGGACCAGACGCUCAUCAAGUUCAGGAAGACAAUAGAGACGUACAGAAGCAGGUGCGCAGUCACGGACUUCGAGUACGCGAUCCUGGAAAUAGUGCUUAAGCCGAGAGACACGUUCACGAGCCAGAGCCCGUCGACGAACGUGCACAUUAUGGACGUGCGCUACAGAGUACUGCUGCUUAUCGACUCGUUCUCGAAGGGGGAAAUAGCAAUACACAGCGAAAAGCUGUUCGUGAUCCCGGAGUUCUACCGCUGGAUGUACAGACAGCUGCACGUGGUGCAAGUCUCGCUGCUGCAGAAGCUCUCGAGAGUCAUUAACCUGAUACCGACGCACUCGGAGGACCUGCAGGAGCAGUGGCUGCGAUGUCUUAACUCGAAGAGCCCGGAGGAGGAGCUGAAGCACGGGUUCAAGUUCGAGGAGGACGCGAAGGCGUCGAAGAUGUGCAACGAGGUGCUCCUGGAGUUGAUGAAGGCGCUGGGAAAGGUGAACGGGCUGAAGGAGUUCGCGAUCUCGAAGAUGACGAAGAAGACGUACCAGGAGCCGCUGGAUAGAGUGAAGGCGAUGCUGCUGGAGCUGCUGAAGUCGAUGGUGACAGUGGAGGAGUUGGACGAGAACUGUGAAGGGAAUAACAACGAAGAAGAGGUGGAGUUGAAGGAGGAGGACUUCGCAAUCGACUUGGACUUCUACAACGACGACGACAUCUCAGUGCUGGCAGAGCUGAGAAGAAGAAGAGCGCUCUGCUUCAGACAGUGCAUACCGAGGGAGUACAGGACGAAGCCGGGAAAGUUCAUCUCGAGGAAGGCGGCGAAGAGCGACCUGUCGUCGCCAACCGGCUGGAACAGGUACUUUAAGAAGAGAGUGGACCCGAUCGCGCUCUCAAAGUGCUGGGGAAUGGAGGAACCAGUGGUGCUGAUGAUCUGCAGCUCGCUGCACAAGUACCUGAGCUGCGACAAUAUCGCAUACUCGGAGUUCCCGCAGUACUUCCAAGCAGUGAUAUACACGACCUCGUUCAUGCAGACGGGAGUGCUGCCGAACUUUAACGUGCUGAAGCGGAGCGUUAAGGGAAACGAAAACAGCAACUUUAAAAACCAGGUCCCGAUCGUGGCGCACUCAAUACUGGCGGCGAGGGCGUACUGGUUCUCGAAGAUAGUUAACCCGGAAGCGAAGGGGGUGGACGAGAGCGUCGCCAGGGAGUCGGAGACGCAGAAGCAGGAGGAGGGAGCGACGGAGCAGACGGACGAGUUCUACAAGCGCCUGAGAAUAUCGCUCACGGGCAUCAAGGAGAGGCUGCACUCGAUGCUGAACAGCAAGUUCAAGGUGACCGAAGGGAUGGCGAAGCAGCUCUACAUACUGCUGCAGAUGCCGUCAAACGUGCACUACCUGCCGACGGGACUGGGCGACCUGAACUCGUACCUGCUGUUCGACAUGGGCAAGUACAGAAGCGGAGGAGUGUACAAGCCGGAGGACCUGCUGCCGGAGUACAUCUACCACGACAAGAGCUGCAUAGAACUCGUCACGCUGAAGAACCUGAACGACGUGUCGAAGUCAGUGGUGACGCAGAUGAAGGGGAUGCACCUGGACAAGGCGUACAACAAGGUGCACGUGUUCAUGUCGAAGCUCCUGAAGGAGCAGGCGCCAGUGACGCUGAGCAUGGAGGAGCAGGAUGACCAAUGGCACCAGGGGGACCAUUGGAACCAGCGGAACCAGCGGAACCAACUGGACGAAUGGGACCAGUGGAACUACUCGCUGCUGACGCCCUCGCGCAAGGAGAGGACGGCGGCGACGGCGCUGUACCUGCGCUUCAUAGCAGCCACCUUUAAAAACGAGCUAUUCAAGUGCCUGUGCGAGUACGCGAAGUUCAUCAAGGAGGAGGCGCUUUUCUACAUCCUGGCGAUCUUCGUGAUCAUGUUCAGAGUGCUCUACCCACGGCUCUCGGAAAACAUCCCGUACCUGAGCCUGUUCGAGUCGGACGAGGAAAGCGACCUGUACAACAUGAUCAACGUAUUCAGGUUCAUCGUCAACAAAAACGCGAUAAUCUUCACGGACGAGUGCAUCGAGGGCACGCGGGAGACGAACGAUGUCUCGCUGGACGAAAACGCGCUCUUCCCGCUGGUCGUCGAGGAAAUGCUGCAGAUGCUGCGCCACCAGUGCACGGUCUCGAGCAGCAUCUGGAACGGCUUCGUGCAGUACGCAGAGUUCUCCUCGCUGCUGGCCAACUGCUCGAUCCUGCACCUGAAGAGGGCGUACAGAACAGUGGCAGUGAACCCGGCAGUGCUGAUGUUCCAGCUGAGGAAGCUGAUGCUCUUCCAGAGAGAAGUGGACGCAAGCUACAUAGUGAGGGCGCCGGUCUCGGACCCGGGGCUGCAGGAGCAGAGGCUGCUUAACUGCAUGUUCUUCACCUACAAAAACUCGAACCACAAGCUGAGCGGGCACAUCGAGUUCAUCAAGAUGAUCAAGGAGAGCCUGAUCAGAGCGCUGGAGCACAAGUUCGUGGGAAUCACGGAGCUGGUCGACUCGGCAGUGAAGCACGAAAACUGGCAGUCAAUAGGGCCUGAGAACAUGUGCACCUCGGGAGCAGUGGACCUGAUCACGGUUCUCAAGUUCUCAAUCUCAGCCUCAUUCGAGCUCGCUCCGCCAGUGGAGUGGCUGAUCCUGCCCUUCACUAACGCCUGCGAAAGCUCGCUGAGGUCAUACUACCGAGGAAUCUCCAACAUCUACGCGCUGAAGCUGCUCUACAACAUACACUUCUACCUCGUGCAGGGAGAGCCGGCGCUGCCAGACCAGGAGGGACAGAGCGAGGGGAGAGCGCGAGGGAGCGGGCCGGGAGGGCUGUGCGGAGACAACGGCGAGGUGCGAAGCGACGAUGAGAUCGAAAAGAAGAGCAAGAGGACUCUCUGGAAGAGACUGAAGCACACGAUCGGAGGGAAGUCGCCCAAGGGCUCCACGCACGCGAACUUCCUGGCGAACCUGGAGAGCUACGCGAAGCACUUCGAGAACAAGUCCGUUAUGGAGGACCUGGCGCGAGUCUCGAGCCUGGACUACGUCGCGAACCAGAUAAUAGAGAUCCCGGGCGAGAUCUUCCAGUUCUACUACAACCAGCUGCGCAGCCGGGACCCUGAGUACGAGUUCCUGCACAAGGCGAUCGGCACGAGCACGGUGUCCGACGCGGAGCGCUUCUUUUUUAUAGAGCCGCACCAGCUGCUGCAGCUCCCGCACUCGAAGUCGCUGAGCUCGCUCAUCCUGGCCUCGCAGAGGAUACUCAAGAGGGACGCGAACCAGUGCAUCCUCGACGUCAUCACGAUCGUGAUGUGGAAGGUGGUCUUCGUGGACUUCAGGAAGCAGAUAUUCUACAGCCUCUACAGCCCGGACAUCCUCGAGGGCCACAAGAUCGAAAACAUCGUCGAGAGGUUCCCGGAAACGGUGCACCUCUUCGUGGAGCGGCUGCCCGAGGCCUACGUGCAGUUCGCCUACAACAACUUCUUCGAGGCGUUCCUGAAGUCGAUCUUCUACGUGAUCAGAUACAUGCGCCACAAGGACUACAAGUUCAACAGGACCAAUUUGAAGGUGCUGUACCACGACGUGGACUCGCUGACCCGCCUGUUGGAAAAACAUUCCCAAGAUAACCUGGGCCUGCUGAACAAUGUGAAAAACUACAUAACAAAACUCGCGUAA